AUGGCGCUAGAGCUCCACCUUGCCUUGGCCCCAGACCCAGGGCUGCUGGCCCAGGGCCGUGCCCGGCUGCGGGAGGCCCAGAUGCUGGCCCAGCACCCGCAGCUGGGGGCCUGCUGGGUGGGGGCCCUGGGCAGGCUGGAUGCAGGCUGCCAGCAGCUGGGAGAGGAGCAGCAGAGCCGCAUCGCCCUGGCCUUCGCCCACUGCCACCUGCAGAGGUCGGGCCGGCCCUUCCCUCGCUGUGAGGCUGGCAGCUCCGUCCGGGUCUGCACCCAGCACAUGGACGCUGUGGCCUUUGGUGUCUACACGGAGUUCUUCACCCACGCCCACAGCAUCUGCUACCUCCUGCGCAGCGAGGCCUGGCAGCAGCGAGCCGAGAGCACCGUGCACAGGUUGGUAGCCAGUUCGGAGGGCGUAGCCGAGCGGCUGGAAGAGACCAACCAGCUGGCGGAUCAGGCAGCGCGGGCGCAAGAGGCCACCCUGCGAUCCCAGGAAGAGAUCCUCCGCCAUGGGGAGCUGCUGAGACAGACACUGCAGGACUCCUCCAGGGGUGUCCAGGAGGCUUUUCAGGACAUGCAGGAGGCGGCCAGCCGGCAACGCCUGGCCUUUGCCGAGAUCGUGAACCAUCUCAGCUUCCUGCACCGCUUCCUGGUGGGGGAGUCCCAAGCCCUGGGCUCCUUCCUCUACCAUCUGCUGACCGGCAGCACCGCCCUCCUGCUGACCUGCAGCCAGCGCACCGCAGGGGCCAGGUUGAUCCUGCUGGGCCUGGUUGGGGGCAACGUCUACCUGGAGCGUGUGGUCAGUGGACUCGUCUUGGAGAACACUGAGGCCGGCUCCGACCCAACGGAGGCCCUUGCCAGCUGGGUGGGGCUAUGCCGCAGGCUGUGUGCCGGCGCCGGGCUGGCCGUCCUGGCCUAUUGCGUCCUCACCUACCGGGACGUGGCCCAGCAGAGCCGGGAGGUGCUGCGGGGGCUGCAGGAGACCUGGGCCCAGAUGCAGCACAUCCUGCAGGAGACAGAGCGCCUGCUGGCCCAGCGGGGUCCAGACCCCAGCCAGGUCAGUGCCAACUUUGCCGACUCAGGCUUCCCGGAGCCCCUCUCCCAGCUGGAACAAGGAGCCCCCUCGGCAGACGAGCUCAACACCAGCAGCCCCAGGAGCCUGAGCCGCUCCCCAGCCCGCCAGAGCGCCCGGCCGCAGAGACGCCCCGGCCGACAGGACUCGGAGACACACAACAUUCCUGUGCCGCUGGACGGGCUCUGCUGCUAUGAUCUCCGACGCCGGCCGUCCCUGCAAGGCCUCUCCCAGACACCAGCUGCGAUGAAGGGGCCCCUGAGCCGCACCCGAAGGGGAAGAGCUCAGUCGCCUGCGGCAGGUGCCAUUCUGCCGAGUCCCACCUGGGAUCGGAUUCCUACUGUGUGAAUGUGACCCUGAGCUGGGACGCCUGGCUUCUCUGUCUGACUCUGGGAGGGCAGUGGGGGGCUAGUGGUUAGAGCGGGGGGGACUGGGAGCCAGGACUGCUGGGUUCUCUCCCCA